AUGGAGCACGUGAAGAGGAAUCAGAAGUCAAAUUCUCACAACACGCAACCAGUUCGAACAAUCAAUGCAAUUCACGGUCGGCCAGAGCCUGUUGAAGAGUCAGAUGAACUGCUUCGAACACGCCUUCGCCAGGCACAGAUGAAGAGAAGGAUAGGCAGUGUAAACACUCUGCACCAACAAAGCGCAUCAAUGCAGAUAAAGUUUGACGGAGCAGAUCUAUUGCGUGUUCAGAUCCCUCAUGAGGACCCGUUGGUCGUAAGUUUGACAGUGGCCCAAUGCUUGGUGCGCAGAAUUCUGAUUGAUCCUGGAAAUAGUGCGAACAUUAUGCCAAGGGACACAUUUGAUCGGCUCAAGAUCAAACGGGAUCGGCUGAAAUCCACCGGAAAUCCUUUACUAAGGUUUGAUGAAAAACGAGUGGAGCCUAUUGGUACGGUGGAGGUAGCGGUACAUGUUGCCGAGAGGGUUCUGAUGGAAACCUUUGUGGUUGUUGAAAUUCAUCCCUCUUACAAUCUUCUGAUGGGCAGAGGGUGGAUCCACAGAGUUCAAGGUGUUCCUUCCACUUUGCAUCAGGUGAUGAGAUACCUGGGGCCAGACGGGACCAAAGUGAUUGACAUUCAUGCGGACCAGGUUGCAGCAAAAGAAUGUUAUUCAGUAACGCUGAAACAUGCCGGAAAAGGGAAAGCUCCUAUUCGUUCAAUCGAUCAAUUCCGACCGGAACGAACAACCAGAGUGGGGGGACGACUCGCUGAGGAGGAGAAGCAGGAGUUAAUUAAUUUCUUGUCUCAAAACGCAAACGUGUUUGCGUGGAGUCACCUAGACAUGCCAAGGAUUGAUCCUUCCGUAUCUUGUCACUCCUUGAACGUUAAUCCCAAUGCAAAACCUGUAAAGCAGAAGCAGCGACGGUUUACUCCCGAGCACAACCGGAUUAUUUCUGAAGAGGUUGACAAGUUGCUUGAUGCGGGGUUUGUAAGAGAAGUGUACUACCCUGACUGGUUAUCAAAUGUUGUCGUUGUGCAGAAGAAAAAUGGGAAAUGGUUAUAA